GUUGUCAAAACUCGACUGACAUAACAAUUAUAACCUAAAAGUGUUUUGGCUUAUAUUACUGUUGAUAUAGUAAUUUUGAAAAGAAAUGUCUUUAUUGUAUAAAAUAAGUACUGCCGCUGUGUAUAGCUCACUUAAACCCAGUGUAUUGCCAACGGCUUCAAGUAUACACAAAACGUUGCGCACAUUUUGUUCAAGUAAAGGCACGGUCCAGGAGGCAGCAAAUGUGGAGAAGGAAUCCCCAUUGGCACCCAAUGCAAAUGUGAAAAGUGGCUUUGCUUUAGCUUUUGAUAAACAUACAUUAGCUGCUACCAAUGAAACUGAAGAAGUUGUCGAUAAUGAAACUUUUGCCUCGCUGCUCAGAAAAUCUAAAUUUAUUGAUCUGGGUGAUCCGGAAGGUAAAGUUGUGAGUGGUAAAAUUUUCCACGUAGUCGGCGAUGACUUAUACAUUGAUUUCGGCUGGAAAUUCCAUUGUGUUUGCACACGACCAUUGCGCAGUGGAGAGGAUUAUGUGCGGGGAGCACGCGUGCGUCUACGCAUCAAAGAUUUGGAACUAUCAACUAAAUUUUUAGGUUCAGAUAAAGACUUGACAAUUUUAGAAGCUGAUUGUCAACUACUUGGCCUGAUCUCUUCCCCCGCCAGACAGAACACAAAAGCAGUGAAUACCAAUUAAUUAAAACUGUAUUUGUUUUUUAAAUACAUUUAUAGCCGUAAAAAGUUGUUAUACAAUGUAUUGUCAA